AUGCCUCUGUACGAUGUCGAGCACGUCGUCGCCCUGACGGCGGACCAACAGGAACGGCUCGCGAGGGCCUUUACCGACCUGCACUCGACGCGGUUCCGGACGCCCCGGUUCUUCCUCAACGUGCGGUACACGGACUGUUCGGGGCAGGUCGUGUUCCGCAACGGGCGGCGCGCCGUGUACAACCGGGUGAUACUGCGGACGCGGGCCGGGGAGCAGCAUCGGUCCAAAGAACUCUACGACGAGCACUGCCGGGACGUGAUCAAGGCGUGGGAGGACAUCGUGGGGAGGGAAGGCGAGUUGGGACUGAGGACGGUAUGGGUGAUGGCGGCCCUGACGACGGCUGUCGAGUGCGGGAUCGCCAGGCCAAAAGUCGGCGAGGAAGACGAGUGGCUCAAGACAAACAUGGGCGAAUUUCGCAAACUGGCAGCAGCUGGCGACGAGGACUUUGUGGAACUGGUCCAGGAACUCGACUCGAGAGGUCGAUGA